AUGGCCGCCUCGGAGACCAAUAAGCAGCGGCGCCACCACUUCAUGCUGGUGCACGGGAUGUGCCACGGCGCGUGGUGCUGGUACAAGGCGGCCACGGCGCUGCGGUGCGCCGGCCACCGCGCCACGGCGCUCGACAUGGCCGGCUGCGGCGCGCACCCAGCGCGUCUCGACGAUGUGCGCACUUUCGAGGAGUACUCGCGGCCGUUGCUCGACGCGAUGGCCGCGCUGCCGGCCGGGGAGCAGGUCGUGCUCGUCGCGCACAGCCACGGUGGGUACAGCGUCGCGCUCGCCGUGGAGAGGUUCCCGGACAAGGUCGCUGCGGCGGUGUUCGUGACCGCGUCCAUGCCGGCCGUCGGACGUCCUAUGGCUGCCACCAGUGACGAGCUAUUAGCAUUUGUUGGACCGGACUUCUUCCUGGACUCAAAGGAGCUCGAACAAGAAAAUCCCGAAAUCAAGGGAAAGCCAUUUAUCUUUGGGCCCAACUUUGUGUCUCAAAGGCUUUACCAACUGAGUCCACCGGAGCCAGCGAACGCAUUCACCACAGGCAACCCAGAUGAGGUGGUGAUGAGGGACGAGAAGCUGGUCACGGAGGGGUACGGAUCGGCGAGGCGCGUGUUCAUCGUGGUGGAGGAAGACCGCGGCAUCCCGGCGGAGUUCCAGCGCCGCAUGGUGGCACAUAGCCCCGGCGUCGAGGUCAGCGAGAUCACCGGAGCCGACCACAUGGCUAUGCUCUCGCAGCCACUGGAGCUGGUUCAGCUCCUCAUCAGAACUGCCGACCAAUCGCAAGGGUGA